AUGUCAGAUCCUCUUUUAUCAUCAUUAUGUCGCAUCUGUCAUAUUAAUCCUACCAAAUAUACAUGUCCACGGUGCUCUCAACAAACAUGUUCACUUCCCUGCUCCAAGCGUCACAAAGUCUGGUCAACAUGCUCUGGUAUUCGCGAUCCUACUGUCUACAAACCGAGGUCACAAUUGGCAACUCCUUCAGGCAUUGAUCAUGAUUAUAACUUUCUUCAUUCAAUUGAACAUCGAAUUGAGAGAUCGGAAAAGGAGAUUGUGGAAGAGCGAGGACUGGUAAAGAAAAUGGAACUUGAGUUGGCAAGGCAAGGGCCCAAGGAUGAUAGAAGACGACCCAACAAAAGCAGAGGCAACCAGCGUGAAGACUUUCUCACCAAAAUGCUACAAAGUUCUGGAAUAACGGUAGUUAAAGCGCCAAGCGGAAUGUCUAGGAAUUUGGAGAAUACAUCUAGUUGGAGUAGAUCGCAGAAGUGUAUGAAUUGGCAGAUAGAAUGGAUUCGAGAGGCAGAUGCAGGCGGAAGAAUAUUGCACAAAUCGAUAGACAAAUGGUCCAUUAACGACACCUACUCACUGCUCUUGGAAGAACAACGAAGGUUGAGCAUGGCGCCGGAAGAAAAGGCAGCCCUGAAAAAAAGAAAGGCAGACGAAUUGAAAGAAAAUAAAGCCAAGAGGACCAAGACAGAUGAAUGUUUGUUGGAUGUAUCACCGCUUUCUUUAUUUCAGGAUUCGAAUGGUGCUUGGAAUACAAUUUUGGAUCAGCCAAUCUUAUCAAACAACCAGAAUUCCAUGCGCCAAACUCAUGCACCACCAAAGCUUGAUUCCCAGUAUCGUUUCUACCUCCAUCGGCCUAAGACUCGAUCAUCAUAUCCUAAAGUAUUGAUACCUUUAGAUCCCACACAGCCACUUUCCAAAGUCUUGGAGAAUCGCACAGUUCUCGAAUUUCCUACUUUGUAUGUAUUUGAGUCGGACAAACUCCCAGAAACCUUUAUGCUUGAAAAGGCCUACAUAGAAGCAACGGGAGACGGGCCAGAGGUGGAAAGUGAUGAAAGUGAGGAAUCCGAAGAUGAUACUAGUGAUGUCUCUUCGGAUGAGGAUGAAGAUGAAGAUGAGGAAAUGGAGGACGGAGAGGUUGCAACAUAA